AUGUCGGCCACAGGAUCAGCGAAAUCCUCGAAAUAUCCGAAGCACACGAAUAGAGGUGGAUCCCUGGAAAGCAAACUCCUGCCGAUGAUGCCACCAAGUGGAGUAGUCUUCCAGAAUUGUCAUCUGAAGAGAGGUGGUUCAAAGGUCCCAACUUUCUUCGGUGCGCUGAACAUCUUCUGGCCGGAACCGCACAAUCACAAAGAUUCGACCGACAAUGAAUUACGUACAUCGCUUCUGGUACACCACACUCUUCCGGAGUCAGUGCUCUGCGUCAACAACUUCUCGACAUGGGAGAGACUACGCAAGGUUGUCGCAUACGUCCACAGAUUCAUCGAUAAUUGCCUCAACAAAAGCCGAGGAACACCUACAGCAACCGGUUCAUUUGAGGCGAAGCAUCUCCUCAAAGCCGAACGUACCAUUAUUCGACUCUGCCAACAAGAAUCCUAUCCCGAUGAGAUGACGACGCUGCAAAAUCCAACUAAACGACCCGAAGCCACGAUGACCGUUCCGAAAUCUAGCCCAUUGUAUCAGCUGACACCCUGGCUAGACGAUAACGAAAUCAUGCGCAUGCGAACCCGCAUUGCUGCAUGUCACUACGCCACUGAUGAUGCCAAGAACCCAGUCAUUCUUCCGCAAAAACACCACAUCACCCGCCUGAUAGUGGCACACUACCACCGCAAAUACCAUCACCACAACCACGAAACGGUAAUAAAUGAAAUCCGCCAGAAGUAUCGCAUCCCUCACUUGCGUGUUUGCUAUAAGCAGGUGCGUAAAGAUUGCCAGCAGUGCAAAAACCAGCACGCAGUUCCAAACCCACCAUUCAUGGCGGAUCUUCCGCCCGCCCGCCUCGCAGCAUUCUCACGAGCAUUUACGCACGUCGGAAUUGACUAUUUCGGCCCAAUCGAAGUCACAGUCGGCAGAAGAGUGGAAAAGCGGUGGGUAAUGCUUGCAACGUGCCUGACUAUCCGAGCGAUCCACCUGGAAGUCGCUCACUCCCUUAGCACAAGCUCCUGCAUUAUGGCCUUUCGAAACCUUAUGGCCCGCCGUGGCAUACCACAGAAGGUCUACAGCGACCGCGGCACAAACUUUGUUGGUGCAAAUAGAGAAUUGAUGCAGAUCAACGAAGUCAUGAACGAACGCGAAUUCAUGAAGGAAUUUGGGAGUUCCGGAAUCGAGUGGGUCUUCAAUCCACCUCUCACACCACAUAUGGGUGGCAGCUGGGAGCGGUUGAUCCGCACUGUCAAAACCAACCUAGCUGUAGUGUGUUCGUCAGUAAGGCCUUCUGACGAAGUACUUCGGAAUUUGCUGACCGAAGUUGAGAACACCGUGAACUCGCGGCCCCUAUCUCACGUGCCGCUUGACGACGACUCGGCACCAGCGCUGACACCGAACCACUUUUUACUUGGUUCAUCUAAUGGAUCGAAACCGCUAUCCGAUCUCGACGACAGCGGUGCAGCUCUCAGACAGAACUGGCUAAAAUCCCAAAUCCUGGCAAACCAAUUCUGGAGGCGCUGGGUAACGAGCUACCUGCCAGAAAUUACCCGCAGGAGCAAAUGGUUUGAACACGUGCAGCCGAUCGCCGUAGGAGAUGUCGUCAUUAUUGCCGAUCCUAAACUACCCCGCAACUGUUGGCCGAAGGGGAAAGUUAUCGCCACCAAAGUAAGUAGAGAUGGACAAGUUCGGUCCGCAACGGUGAGGACAUCGAAUGGGGUAUAUGAUCGCCCAGCGACAAAAAUAGCGAUUCUAGACAUUAGGUGCGACAAAGAGUAA